UAGGUGAAAUAAUAAUUAGUGUUACAGAUUCAUUGCAAUUACACGUAAAUUAAACAAUAGAGAAUUGAGGAGUUGUUCUGAAUAUUUUUAAUUCGUGUUUAUUGUUUAAAGUUUUAAUCAUUCAAAACUGGAAAAGAGUUUGACAUUUAUUUAUUAAAUUACUUCUUACUGAAUACAAGAGUUUUCAACCAGCACAGGCCCAAGUUACUAAAGUUAUAUUUACAUACUCUAUGAUUAAACAGUGAGUGAAUAUACAGCUGUGCAAUGCGUAGGCAACGAAGAGUGAAUCCAUCGCCUGAUAUUUAUGUUGAUGCGUCUCAUUCUGCCAACAUAUCAUAUGAACCACUAAAUAAGCAUUUAGAUGAAGAGAAAAAUCCUUUUGAAAUGGAGAGGCUGCCACGCAUGACCAUUCUGGAAAAUGGACAACUACAUAGUUUUGAAAAUACUAUUGAGGCUAAGGUGCAAGUGGGUGAUUCUCUACAAGCAUUGGCUUUACGAUUUCGUUGCACAGUUGCAGAUAUAAAAAGACUCAAUAAAAUUGAUAAGGAUAACGAAAUUUACGCUAGGAAGUUUGUAAAAAUUCCUGUAACACCACAUUCAAUAUUACUGGAAACAUUACCAACAGUACACAAAAGUGGAAGUAAUAGUCCAUCUCGAAGUGAAUAUGAAACUUUCGAAACAAACAUAAUGAGAAACCCUUUGAAGGAUGCGAAUCUUAUGUUGGGCGAAAAAUUAAUUAUAGCUUCAGUUAAUGCUUCUGGUAAUGUUAAUCCUGACAAGGUUGACAUCAAUAGUUCAGUUUUGUCCUCUACAUUGGCGAACAAAGACAGUGUUAGCUUGGAUAAAGAAAAAAAUUAUACCAAUGGCUCCACGGCGUUAUUAGAUGAUUUUCUUGAUGAUGAUUUUGCGGAUACAUAUGUGCGACCUGUACGAGGGCCAUCAAUGAGUGCUCUACAUUGGUCUGGUUCCGAUGGCGAUAUGACUUGGGUGUGCUUGUUUGUUGUAAUAUUGGCUUUAUGCUUUGCCAUACCAUUGAUAGUUGUGAUAUUUUGGACCCAUCCGCACAGCAGUGGUAACAACAAUACAACAACUACGAACUGACGUAGUGGCUCGACCGUGAAUGACAAAUCUCUUUAGUGGUCUAUAUAUAUUAUAAUUUACAUAUGUAUAUAUGAAAGGUCCUUUAAUCUAGACAGAUUUCGUAAAAAUUUUCAUGUCAUAUUUUGGUUGGGAUCGUUAUUUUUUAUGAGUUUCAUCAUUAUUUUGAACGGUUAUGUGUAUCUCAAAGAGAAUAACCAUAUCGUAUAUAAUAUAUAAUCGAUGAUAUGUGUGCAUGUAGUAGCAAUAAACAAUAGUGUAAUGGAUGAUUUGCACCCAUAUACUACUAGGUUCUUAAUGAAAAUCUUUAAAAUUAUAAUAAGUAAAAUAUCUAGUGUAACAUACAUACAUAUAUACAGAGGUAGUCAAGAUUAUUUACACAUCGAAUGUUUUUUACAAAUUUCAUAGAAAAAGCUUUUGGUUGUUGUUGUCGCAGAGUAACAAAAUGCUAUGAAUUCAGUUGGCAAGAAUAGCUAGAAAUAUGGCGGAGAAAUAAGCAAAUGAACUGAAGACUCGCAUUAGUCCAAAGUAUUUACACACCGCAAUAUAGCCUUUAGUUUUGGAUUUGGUUUGAGCUAGAGUAGUGAUUGGCUUCCAUUGCAUUCAUAACAAACUAACACAGCUUCAAAAUAUAAAAAUUAAUAAAUAAAAUGGCGAAAACAAUGGAACUAGAUCGGAGACUGUUACUAAGUUUAAGAGUGAAGUUUCGCCUUCGGAGCUAUUUAAAAUUUAUAGGAUUUAAAGGAAUACUGUUAAUAAUGUUAUUAAAAGGAGGAUACGAAAUAUUGGAAGGACAAUUUAAAGUGAACUGAGCGGAAACCGGUGGCAACUAACUGAAAGAGAAUUUAGAAGAUUAAUAGGAACUGUCUUACAAACUCCCACAAAAAAUCGUGUUAAUAUAGCCGCCACAUCGAAUCAGUAUAUUGCAAUAAUAGUCAAUAAUGUUGUUACACUGUUCAGGACAUUCAAAGAAAUUAACAUAAACACCUACGUUGUUAAUAUUUCCGAAACCAUUAAAAACGAUGUGUCUCUCAUUUGCCUUAAAUAAUAUCCUAAGACAGAUAAGGCUGAACUUUAAAUCCAGGACAAUAUUAGUGAACGCGUUAAGCAUUUACCACGUGAGAAUUAGAAAUAUGCAGGUCAGUCGCUAAACUGAGUCAAACGUGACAUGAUGAUUUUUUGGGGAAGUUUUCCUUACAUCAGUUUAGGAGACUUGGAACUAAUUUAGGAGUACUAAAUCAAUUCAGAUAUAAAACAAUUCACAUGACCAUGACGUUGUACUGGUCAAUCGGCCUUUUCUAACUAUUGACCGGAUUUUACAACACGACAGUGAUCCAUAUCACGAAGGAUCGUUACUUACAAAACUUUUAAGUGAAGAAAAUCAAGUUGGCCUCCGCAGAGCACCGACCUAAAUUUUAUUGACAAUUUUUGGGUUAUCGUUAAAUAUCAAAGGUUAAUUGAUAUAAUAACCAAAAACGCCGAAAUCACCGAAAUUUGGUCUAAAUUAACACAUAACUCGGCGCACAAUUGGGUUGAGUUAAUUCGAACCAGAUAGCUGCUGUUAUUGGUAUUGUCGCCAAAGGCGGUAUAACCAAUUCCGCAUUUAGCACCUUAAAAUAUUAACUUAUUCUGAGCAUUAAAAUUUAAAAAUUAUCACUAACUAAGAAUAGGAUAAAGAACUUUAAGUUGUGCGUAAAUACUUACUACAAUAUAACGUUUUAUUGCAUUAUAAUAACAACAAGAAAAAGUUUUUUUUUUUUUUUUCUGUGAAAUUUGUAAAAACCUUCUAUGUGUAAAUAAUUUUGACUACCUCUGUUGCUAAGCAUAAAUAGCAAUAUAAGAAGAAAUAGUGGGGUAUUAAUUUGCUGCAAAGUGCCUUCAUCGUUUUUCAAGUCAAAAGUUGUAUUUGUACAUUUUUAUGGUCAUUUUUAUUUUUCAAUAAAAUUUUACAAGAUAUAUGUAUGUUUAAGUUUUUAUUAAAAAUUUUGUUAAAUAGGUUAUGCGAAAGCAUUUUUAAAUAAAAACAAAUAUUUUAUGUAUGUAUUAUAUUUGCGGUCCUGACGUUAGA